UAACUAAUUGUGUUAAAAUAAUAAUAAAAGUCAAGCGGACGGACGGACAAACGGCAGAGAUUUUAGGCGAAAAGAUAAAAACUUAGGGAGAAACUGAUAAAAGGACAAACGGACGGUUGGAUCAAGGGGUGAAAGUACCAACUGGACUGGGCUGGACUUCCAGCAGAAGGAUGGAUGGAUAGACGGAAGGGAUAGAAGGAUUCAACGUAAGGAUAGACGUACGGAUAGAUUAACAAACGGACAUGAGGAGGUAUCAACAGAACGAACAAUCGAGCAACGAAAACAUGGAUAGACAGACGGCAGGAUGGAUAAACGGGCAGACGAUUGGACAGAAUGUCGGACGGACGGAAGGAUGCUGGGAUAGACAGAAGAAAUAUUAAACAAAUGGAAAAACUGCUGAAUCGAAAGAAGUGCAAAAAGGUAGAUAGAUAGAGAGGGAAAUAUAUGGACAGACAAGGUACACAAGAAAGUCUAAGAAGACUCAUAAUUUUCAAAUAAUAUCAAAACUUUCAAUAAGAGUAUAACGGUUAGCUCUAAACUGACAUUUGAGUAGAGUACGAAGAAACUGUGAUUGUUAUUUAUGCGCGUGAAUUGUGAUUUAAUAAACAAUUGAGUUUAUUUAUUGGCUCGACUAUCUGAACUUUUUGCGAGCCGGCAACGAUUGAUGGCGCCAACGAUUGGAUUCCACUUGGCCGAUCAUAUUAUAAUAUUGGACCUGACCAGACGCGACUGGACUCCAGGUAGGGUAUUUGUUUAUUGUUGAAGCCAUUCAAGUAUUUGGCUCAAAGUUCAGUGGACUGUCUAGGCGUGUUGCACAUGCAACGGUUCAGCGGUUCAGCAGUUCAGCGAUUUGUGUCAACAAUUAUAAUCAAUAAAGCGAAAGUUCCGGAAGUCCUGUGAGUCCUUUGAGUCCAGCAACGACACUUGCUGUCAUUAGUUGCCGUUGCGAGUGCGAGUUGACAAGUUCAGCAUGAAAUUGGCACGGAAAAUAGUUUUGUGGAUUUUGCCACUCUUCCUGCUGAGUUUCCUGCUGACCAUUAGCGAGGCCUAUUUGAACAAUGUGCGUGUGGAGGAGAUACCCUUUAAGCGAAUGCAGCCGCGUGCAGCCAGCCUGAAGGGCAGACGUCCAGGUGGCAUCCAUCUGAUCUCCAGCCUGGAGCAUCAACGCACUUUUCUCCAUCUGUUUCAUGUGCCCUAUAUCAUUUGUUUCUAUGCCGCCAAGGGGAAAUGGCCCUAUGUGCCAGGCUUCAUGAAGGCGCGCGUGGAUAAUGCCGCCAAGAGUUUCUUUCAUCAGAAUGACAGUUUCAUUAAGCAAUUCUGCACCAAGUGGAUACAGGUCAAGGAGUGUUUUCGGCCCAUCUUUGAUAAAUCUAAUGGAACGGAACUGGAAUUGGAGGCACAGAAGCAGAAGGAAACUUGUAAUUGUGAAAAGCUGGUAGCAACGGAACCGCCAGUGCCCGUUGUCUACUUUGAUAAGAACUACAUUGGAAAUGUCAGUUCAGAGACCAUUUUGACCACCAUCGAGUUUCUUGAGAGUUUUUUGCCACCACCUACCAAAAAGCACAAGCGCAAGAAUCGUGUGCGUGGGCGCAUUGAUGAAAUGGAUAUUGAAUGAGCAUACUAAAAAACAUUUUAUAAUAAAUUAAC